AUCAUUAUAUUGUACAUUAGUAAAACUCAAAAUGAUUUCCUUAAGAAAUAUUGUAUUUAUUUUUAGCGUUUUUACUUUGGCUUUAGGCAGAUACACUUUUAAAAUAAUCGAGGGUGAAGAUGCUGACAUAAAAGAUUUCCCUUAUAUGGCAGCUUAUACAGAGGAACAAGGCUCAUCGUUAGUAUGCGGUGCAGCUAUUAUUAACGAAAACACUUUACUGACAGCAGCACACUGUAUACUUUUUGCGGAUUCAUCUACAUCAGCGAUUUUCUAUAACACUACGAUAUUUUAUGAGGGCAUAAGAACAAAUAUCUCUCAAGCAUUUAUGCACCCAAAUUUUACUGGAGAUUAUCCAUCCCCAAAUGAUAUUGGAGUAUUGAAGAUUGACCCCCCUCUGGUUUUUAGUGAAACCGUCCAACCAAUUAAGUUGCCGCAAAGUAAUACGCCAAGUCCAGAAGGAAAAGUUGCAAAAUUCGCAGGAUGGGGUAGGACUAGUUUGGAUUCAUUGGACCCAACAACAAAACUCCAAAAAAUUAAUCUGACAAUAAUCAAUACUAAAACAUGCGAAGAAAUUUAUAAGGGUAUAAACAUUGUAAUCGACCCCGAAACGCAAAUAUGUGUACAGGCUGAUAUAUCUGGCGGUAAAAUCGGAGGACCAUGUAAUGGAGAUUCAGGCAGUCCACUAGUUAUUGAUGGAGUUACCUAUGGAAUUACUUCAGAAGGCCCUGGUGGAUGUGCAAAUUCGUCGGCCCCAAUAAUCUUCACGAGGGUUGCCGCUUAUUUAGACUGGCUUUCAGAUAAACUAUAAAUAUGUAAUUUUAAACAUUUUUGACUAAAUUAAAAUAUUCAAUUCAUCUUUAA